GUUUUCGCGUAUAGAUGUAGUUAACGUCACCACUUGCUGGCACUUGCUUUGCGUCCUGAUCCAAAGCAAUCCAGAGUGAUCCAGAGCAUCCACAUCCAGAGGUGUCCAGUAGAUAAUAGAGUUGAUUGGAACGUGGAAUAGGUCUAUGUUUUAUUAUAUUGCAAAAAAAUGGCACAAAGUACAAGACUCAUGUCGCUCUCAUCUAUAUGUACCUUAUUUAAAACCAAUUGCAAUGUUAAUUCAUAUACCGUUAGAUCAAUGAGUUCAUGGUGGUCCCACAUAGAAAUGGGUCCACCUGAUGCAAUUUUGGGUAUUACAGAAGCAUUCAAAAAAGAUCAAAAUCCUAAAAAAAUUAAUUUAGGAGUUGGUGCUUAUAGAGAUGAUAAUGGUAAACCAUUUGUCUUACCAAGUGUCCGAAUGGCAGAAGAAAAAAUCAGAAAUAAAGAAAUGGACAAAGAAUAUUCACCGAUAGCAGGAAAUGCUGAAUUUUGUAAACAUAGUAUUAACUUGGCACUUGGUGAUGGUAAUAAUGUGGUUCCAAAUGGUUUGAAUGCUACUGUUCAAGGAAUUUCUGGAACAGGUUCACUUUGUAUUGGGGCAAAUUUUUUAUCACAUUUUUUUCCUGGCAAUAAAGAAAUAUAUUUGUCAACCCCUACAUGGGGAAACCAUGUUCCUAUAUUUAAGCUUGCUAGGAUCCCAACAAAAUUCUACCGUUAUUAUGAUCCAAAAACUUGUGGAUUAGAUUUUCAGGGUGCAUUAGAAGAUAUAUCUAAAAUUCCAGAGAAGUCUAUUAUUCUUCUUCAUGCAUGUGCACAUAAUCCUACGGGUGUCGAUCCUAGUCCAGAACAAUGGAAGGAAUUGUCAGCAGUAAUAAAGAAAAGAAACCUUUUUCCUUUCUUUGAUAUGGCAUACCAAGGAUUUGCUUCAGGAUCUAUACAAAAAGACUCUUUGGCAAUUAAAUUAUUCCUCGAGGACGGACAUAGAAUUGCUUUAGCUCAAUCCUAUGCUAAAAAUAUGGGUUUAUAUGGUGAACGCGUUGGUGCAUUUACAUUGGUCACUUCCAGCAAGGAUGAAGCAGACAGGACACUUUCGCAAUUAAAGAUUUUGAUUAGGCCAAUGUAUUCUAAUCCUCCUAUUAAUGGCGCCAGGAUUGUUACUGAGAUAUUAGGAGAUUCUCAAUUGAGAGAACAGUGGCUCCGUGAUGUGAAAGUAAUGGCUGACCGUAUUAUUUCUGCCCGCCAACAAUUGAGUGAUAAUCUAAAAAAGCUUGGUAGCUCUCGUAGCUGGAUACACAUUACAGACCAAAUUGGAAUGUUUUGUUAUACUGGUCUUAAAGCUCCCGAGGUAGAGAAACUUACGAAAAAUUACAGUAUUUACUUGACAAAAGAUGGCAGAAUAUCAAUGGCUGGAGUAACAUCAAAAAAUGUUGAAUACCUUGCACAUGCUAUGUAUGAAGUUACAAAAUAACUCCAUAUUUCCAUGAAUGAUUAAGGAGUCGAACCACAUUUUGCCUUGUAAUGUUCAAAUAUACACUCCAUACAUAAACAAUACUAGAAUACAAAUACAAACUUUAAGUAUAAUGCAUUUAAUCUUGCAUGCUAUUUUUGUAAAAGCACUGCAGGCAGUGUAGAUACCAACUGAAGCCUAGAUAUUAUGGUUUUGAUCCAUGGAUGUCAAUCAUGUUUAGUAUAAAAUAAUUCAUCGGCGUGACUGUGCCGAUCUUCUACAUAGUAAAGAUGAUAACAUUUUAAUUAUUAAUAUAUUCUACCAUGUAUUCUAUUACAAUGUAAAGAGAUAUAUGAUAUUUGAUUGUUAGUAAAUUAUAAUUUUGUAUACAGGGUGUCCCAAAAGUCGGGGAGGAGCCGGAAAUG